AAAAAAAUCUGGUAAACAAAAAUAUUUUACCUUGUGCAAUUUUCUUCAUUGUUUGCUCCAACAACACAAAUGCAACUUAUCAUUUCUGCUCCUGGUCAACCAAUUAUUGAAGUGAAAUAUGGGAUUUAUUGGACGAUUCCUUAAACAACCAAUAUUUGGCGGCAUGGGGAUGUACUUUGUAGUAUGGACAGCUGCUGAUAUAAGCCAACAAGAGUUCAUAUCUAAAGUGAAAGAAUAUGAUAAAUUCAAGACAUUACGUUCUGCAACUGUAGGUGGCUUUGUGAUAGCUCCAAUUUUGUUCACUUGGUUACGCAUUGCAGAGUGGUUAGUCCCUGGGACCCAGUUAAAAAACGUCCUGAAGAAAAUUGUCCUGGAGCAGUCCUUAUUUGGACCUGUAGUAAUUUCAUCUUUUUAUGCAGCAAGUGGAGUCCUAGAGGGAAAAACAUAUCCAGAAAUAAGGGAGGAGUGGAGAGACAAGUUUAUACCUACUUGGAAGACAGGUGCUCAGUUCUGGCCCUUCAUGCAGCUUAUUAACUUUACAUUUGUGCCAUUACAUAGACGGAUCUAUUUCGUGUGUGCCGCAUCCUUUAUGUGGUCUAACUACUUGUGCUAUAUGAAGGUCAAGAAUUUUCCACAUCCAGAUUUAUCUGAAGAGAUUGUGGUAGAUAUAACAGAACCAUUGGAGCCAGAUGAUAAAGAAGAUGUCAACAAGGACAAGGUCAAGGACAAUACAGUGUCUUUCACAUCAACUGCAGGGACCAAAGGAGCUGAUGUGAAACUAAGUGUAAAACCAAGGGAAGAGACAAUUACAGGGGAAAAGGACUGUAAACAGCCUGUAGUGUCAACUGUUAGUUGAUAAUGGAUUGAUUUAGGCAAUUUCCAUUGAAAUAUUUUCACUGUCACAUUUGUUAAAAAAUCAGGGGAAAAGUAUUGAAAACUGUUGCCAUAUCAUUAUGAUCAGAACUAUUUAUUGUAUGGUUGGUUAGGAUAAGCCAUAAUUUGUAAUUUUGGUACACCAGUUACAUGUAGCCAAUUUUUGUAAAUCCUUAUUGUCAUGUAUCACUAGAUACUGAAUUCAACAUACUGAUUUUACCAGUCAAUGGAAUAGAAUUCUAGUGUUCCUAUUCUUGUCAUUCCUUAAAGAAUAAUUGCUGUAACACUCUUUUUGUCUUUUUGGACUGUGUUCGCUAUCCAGCAGUCAGAGUUUGGCAUUUGUAGCAAAUGGCAGGUGGUGAUAUUUUG